AUGGCGUUCUCCGACGACGUCGAGAAGGCCUCGAUACCUGCCGGCCAGGUAUCCCCAACAUCACCCACCUCCCAAGGCGGCCUCUUCAGCGAAAAGAACUCGACCGACUUCUCGCGGCCACCCUCCGUCAGCGGCAGCGACACGGACGCCCCCAACCUCACCUCCGGCGACGAUGUAGCAUCCGCACGCCGCAAGUCGGCAGCGCCGAGCAUCAAGCCGGCAAUGCCUCUGCCCCAAGAAAUCCUCUUCAUCACCGUCGUCGCGUCCGCGCAACUCAUGACGCAAGCCGGGCUAUCCCAAUCCAUGGCACCCCUCCACAUCAUGGCCAAGGACUACGGCAACCCCAACGCCGGCCAACUAUCCUGGUUCACAGCCGCGUACAGCCUGACGGUAGGCACCUUCAUCCUGAUCGCGGGCCGGCUGGGCGACAUGUACGGGCACAAGCCUCUGUUCCUGAUCGGGUGGUUCUGGUAUUCGUUGUGGUCGCUCAUCGCCGGCUUGACCGUCUACUCCGGGAACCAGAUCUUUCUCGACGUGUGCCGCGCGCUGCAGGGCGUGGGCCCGGCCAUCCUGCUGCCCAGCUCGCUCGCCAUCCUCGGCAGCACAUACCCGCCCGGCCGCAGGAAGGAGAUGGUCUUCUCCAUCUACGCUGCUACGGCGCCUAACGGGUUUAUCAUCGGCGCGACGUUUUCGGGCAUCUUCGCCCAGUUCGCGUGGUGGCCGUGGACGUACUGGGUCGCGGCCAUCGUGUGCUUCGCGUACGGCGUGCUGGGGUGGUUCGUCGUGCCGGCCGACGAAGUGGAGGAGCAUGAUGAUGCGGCGCACGGGAAGCAGACGUUCGACUACCUGGGCGCGGUGACGGGCGUCGUCGGGCUGGUGCUGUUCAACGUGGCGUGGAACCAGGCGCCGGUGGUGGGGUGGGGCGAGCCGUACGUCAUCGUGCUGCUGGUGCUGGGCGUGGUGUCGUUCGUCGCUUUCAUCUUCGUCGAGAAGAAGGUGCAGCAGCCGCUGGUGCCCAUCAACAGCCUGGACGCGCAUGUCGGCUUCGUGCUGGCGUGCAUGGCGUUCGGCUGGAGCAGCUUCGGCAUCUGGAUUUACUACUUCUGGCAGUUUACCAUCGUGCUGCAGGGCGACUCGCCGCUGAGCGUCGUCGCGCAGAAUGUGCCGUGUGGCAUUUCUGGCGCGUGCGCGGCUAUCACGGUCGGUUUCUUGUUGAGCCGGGUCAAGACUGCUUGGCUUAUGUUGGGUGCUAUGUGUGCUUUCUGCGUUGGCAACAUCAUCUUGGCUACUUUGCCGGUCGGUAUCCUGUUCUGGAAGCAAGUCUUCUGGAGUGUGGUCAUCACGCCGUGGGGCAUGGACAUGAGCUUUCCGGCAGCGACCAUCAUUUUGAGCAACCACGUUCCCAAACGCCACCAGGGUAUUGCCGCGUCGCUGGUUACGACGGUCGUCAAUUACUCCAUUUCGUGGGGGUUGGGAAUUGCUGGUACCGUGGAAGUCCAUGUCAACGACGGAGGCAAGAACGAACUUGCCGGGUACCGCGGUGCUUGGUACUCCGGAAUUGGACUGGCCGGGUUAGAAGUUUGGGCGCGGGAUGAGCUGGCGCUGGAGAGGAAGAAGAAGCGACCGCCAGUCUUGGACCCACCCGCCGAAAUCGAGGUCGUAUCGAGAGUUGCGUUCAAGUCAGUACCGAUGUCCGAAGUUACAGUAGUGUUCGUUUCUGAGAGUUGCGUUUGGAAGGUCCUUGUCGCAAGGCUGAAUGACGUUCUGCUGAUCGCGCUGAACGCCGUACCAAACCUGCUAUUUCCGGCAACAACCGACCCGAAGAGACAUUUGGUAAACGAAGUCGACGACGGCGAUGCAGCCUCCCACAGCCAGCACAUGGUCAGCUCAUCUGCGGAGUCUGGAGGCUUGAUCAGGGGCUACCAGCACGACGUCGUGGGCGAGCGGGGAGAUGAGUCCCACCAGGUCGACCAGUCUGUUGUGGCAUUUGACCGCGCGUCCUCGGCGACGUCGACGCGCCCAAGCUUCGAAGCAACCGCUGGCCACCGGUCUCCCCGACAAAGAGUCAGGAAGAUCAUUGGUAGGGCUGAGGCGGCCUUUGCGACUGACUCAGGACCCGUGUCCGAGCGUGAGGUCAUCAGGGGCCCGUACCACGCAAACCAGGUGCCAUUUGGGAUAAUGUUGCGGUAA